CGUCUGCUUGCUGUGUGGGCCGUAGAGUGAGAGAACCAUGGAUGGAUGGUCCCGCGUCAUUCUGUCAGCAGUGUUGGUGAUCGUGGCACGGAGUCAACAGCUACCACAAGUUUCCAUGGUAACUCCAUUUACGCCACUCUUCUCUGGGGACACCGUCACACUAAGAUGUGACGUCACGCCGCCGGGGAGCCAAAUCGCAUGGUACUUCAAGGAUGACCCGAUUACCGAUCAAGGGAAGCAAUUUUAUGUCAUUGCUGCCGCGGGGACCCAGCACUCUGGGCCCUACCGGUGUGAGGCCAAUGGCCAACGGAGCAACGAAUUCCUCAUCUCCGUUUAUGAUUUAAUUCCCUUGGCGACGCUCUCCAUCAGCACCGGUUGGCCAGUGACGCAAACCGGCGGUUCCUUCAUCCUGGCGCUCGAGGCUGAGGAUGGCCUACAGGGGUGGAGAUGCUGGGUAUAUAAGGAAGAGAUGGUGAAAAGGAUCGCCUUCAGACAGAGCCCAGAGCCUGUUAAGUUGUUGCAUCUUGACCUGGCUAACUCCAUGGGGUUGUACUGGUGCAGCAGUGACAACAACCUCACUCGGAGCAACCCAAUCACCAUCAGGACCUCAGAGAAGUUGGUGUUGCUCGAGUCCCUGCCUGGGCCUGCCCGGGUCGGGGGGAGCCUGACCCUGGAGUGCGUUGUCGUGGGGACCAAACGGGUUAGCCGCGUGGCGUUCUACAAGGACGGGCAGGUGAUACAGACCGGUACCAAGACAACCUACGAAAUCAGCAAUGUGACACUGGCUUCGGAGGGGAGCUAUAAAUGCGAGGCCACCUACAACUUCAGUGAACAAACCGAGGGGCCUCCAUACCAGGAAGCUUCUGACGCUCAACCGCUGUUUGUCCAAGCAAGUCCUCUGAAGACUGUUGUUGAAGAUGGCAUGUCGUGCUCCUGCUCUCGUUGCACCCAAAACGCCUCCUAUCAGUGGUACUACAAGAAAACACCUGAUAAGCCGUGGGCGCCUUCGGAGAAAGGGGUGAGCUACAGUGGGGCCAAGGAGGAGGGCAUGUACGCGUGCAGAGCAGUGUGGCCCAACAUGAGAAGUUUGAUGAGUGACCCCCACACGUUGGGUGGAAGCAACAUGGUUAUCGUCGUUACAGUGGUGCUUAUCGGGAUUGUAAUGGCCCUCAUCGUCCUCACCGUGGCGGUCCUUUACUACAAGACCACAAAAAGGAGACAUGUUGAACCCCUUUACCAGGAUGUUGGUAUGACCGUUUACGUGUCUCCUUCAGAUGAAGGAGACGGGGACACAUACGAACCACUCCGGGAUAAGCCUGGCACAACGAGAGACGAUUACCAGACUAUAGUGUCUCGGGGAGAGGAGAGGGUGGCGGGGGACUACCAAAAGAUGGAGCAAGUGGAGGAGAAGGAUGGGAUGUACCAUACUCUGCAAAAAGUAGAACAAUCCCCGUCACAAGAGGUGAUACAAACAGGUGAGGAAUAA